AUGGUUCGAUUAAGCAACACCAUCUUGGCCAUCUUCAACUGCAUUACUUUACUAAUAGGUCUGGUCGUCAUGGGUUUUGGCCUGUAUAUCUUUGCGGGAGGCGGUGCCACAGGUUGUGAUAAAGUGUUGCAAAACCCGAUGAUUAUAGUGGGUGUAGCCAUAACAGCAAUAUCAUUGCUUGGGUUAAUUGGCUCAUGUUUCAGGGUCAACUUUGCUUUGUUGCUUUACUUGAUUCUCAUGUAUUUGUUGCUCAUGUGUCUCAUUGGUUUCACGGUUUUUGCCAUUUUGGUCACAAAUGAGGGUGUUGGCAAGGCAUUCUCGAAAACCAAGAUCAUGGAUUUCCAUAAUUGGUUGAGGGACAAUCUUGCAAACGAAAAGAAUUGGAAUGGUAUCAAAAGUUGUGCCGUUCAAACAAACUUGUGCCAGCUCAAUAAUCUCAAGAAGCUGUCUGAUAUACAGUCUGGAUGUUGCCAGCCACCAAUUUCAUGCGGAUUUGUAUCCAAAAAUGCAACGUUUUGGGAUCGCCCUAAAACAAACCCUGCUGUGAAAGACGGUGGCGACUGCGCAGCUUGGAGCAACCAGCAGGAAACACUUUGCUUCAACUGCGAGUCUUGUAAAGCUGCAUAUGUUAUCACUUUUAGGAAGGGAUGGGGACAAUUGGCCAUAGCCAACGUUUGUUUCAUUGCCUUCAUAAUUAUUUUCUAUUCCAUUGGUUGCUGUGCUAGACGUAACAACAAAAAACACAAUUACACCAAAUACAGAGGUUAUCCUUGA